AUGUUCCAAGUUCCGUCCUUCAAAUCUUUUAAACUCUUCUCAUGGGGUGAGAAGCAGGCUAUUGAUUUGCCACCCGUCAAGGCCCAUGACCUUGAAAAUGCCCAGGAAAAGAAUGCAAGGGCGUUGAAGCACCUGCUCAAGCUCAACCAUGCCAAUCAUGCCAUUCUAUGUAACAACCGAAAAUUCCAUAAUCAUGCCCCUCAUCUUCUCAGUGCCGCGUAUCUGCACGGUGCGGACGCUGAUGAUCUCACUCGGCUUUACGAAUCAGAGUCUAAAUUGCUCGAGGAAUGGGAUGAUUCACCUGCUGAAGUAACAGAUGAGGAUUGGAGAGAUCACUUGGGACGACGAGAAUAUCAAAAGGCAUUUGUGGACUUCUUUGAAGAUGAAUUAGUUCGGUUUGGCUACGACUGGAAACAAGUCGUAGCAGAGUAUCUUUUCUCGGGCGAAGAGCCGGUUUUCCAUUCUAUCAUGGCUGACCUUGGUCAUCCAUUGAUCCAUCUUGCCUAUGCCUAUGAAAUGUCUAGUCGUGAGGUUGCAAUGGAAGCUCUGGGAAUGGCGGUGGUCGGCUACAACAAGAUACACAAUUAUCUGGACAACCCUGUACUAUCACAAGCCGAGGCAUCCUACCACUCAACAUCACUAUUCGAGAUCAUCCAAAGAGUCCGAUCAGACAAGAAGCUCGAUGGUCUCUUCGCUACUCCAGGGGACCACAACAUCGAGAAGCUCUUCGACAACUAUGAAGCUCUUCUCCUUGACCACUGGAACGCAUGGCAGAUCGAAAAUCCAGUCGAGCAGUUCCGCGAGAGCCAGGAGCUCGCCGUCGCACUGUUUAUUGCAACACACAAAGACUCAAGCGAGACCUACGAUUUCUUCUUCGUUCACGUACUAACCACCAGCCACGCAGUGCGCGUGAUGCUUCCUUGGAUUCCUGCCAAAUUCCAAAUCCCUCUCGUUCGUCAAUGGUGGCUUGUUACGUUGACAGCAUUUAUAGCCCAAAUGCGCCCGGAGAUAAAUAUGGACACGAUUCGUGACUACGAUCUUAAGGGAAGGGAUUGGACCUGGAUUGCGGAGAAAGUUGUCAAGGGAGAGAAUUCGACUGAUUCGCAUUAUGCAAAGGCUCUUAGAGCGCUUCAGGAAUGUGCAUCUACCUGGGCUGACCAUGAUAACUUCUACUUGAAGGCGGCUGUGAAGUUUGCGGAUGAGUUUAAUGGGUGGGGUGGCUUUGUCUAA